CAGAAAAACAGGAAGAGCGGAAGCGCAUCUGAAAUGGGCGGGACAGUUGGUGUGAUAAGAUGAGUUUGAAAUAAUAUUUAUCCAGUUCUUUUAGGGUCUGAACUGUAUUUUCAAGUGUGUUAUUAUGAUUGUAGAUCAAGAAUAUUUUCCACACAGCGCUUUGACUUCGCGGUCACGUGAUGUGUGUUGUUUUUCUCAGCGCUGCUGAAGAUGAUUAAUCACGGCAUCGCUCUAAUCGUUUAAUAGAGACUCAGACGGAUCUUCGAUUGUAUUUCAGGCUCUAAAUGAUGAUGAUGUGUAGUUUACUGACGCCUCACAUUAGACGAACAGCGCGUGUGUGAAAGCAGCUGCGCGGUGGUGUAAAGUCCGUCCUGUCGCGGGCGAGGCGUCGUUUAUCGCGAGCGUUCAUCGCUUCUGGUAUCUCUGAGGAACAGACACGCGGAGGAAUGAUGCGUCUCUCGGCCGCUGGAGGAUGAAGAGCCCGCUGCUGCUGCUGUGUUCAGUGUCGGGACUCUGCUGCUGGUUUCCUGUUCAACAUGGCCAUUGUUCAGAGCAGACACACACACUGACCACACGAGCGGUCAGUCACCAGCCGGUGAUUGAUGGGAGCAAAGAGCAGAACAUCUUCAUCAGUGAUGUGGAGUCUUCCUCAGUUUCCUCGCGGAUCACAAACAUCACUCCAGUGUCUGCCGCUCCUCAUGUGUGCGGUUCGUCCGAGUGCGUCUCCUGCCGGGACUGCGCUGCUUCAGACUCCUGCUCUGCUGAAAGCGGCAUCACAGAUGCGUGUACAGCUGCAUGCGGCGCUGCAGAAGCCCUGCGCUAUGGCCCUCAGCUCAGCAGUUUUCCAGCGGUUCAGGAGAACGUCAGUGUCCGUGAGACGAGAAAACCCACUAAAGACCAAACUGGGAACAGGACCAGCGCUUCCCACAUCCUGAAAGAUCAGGACUCCAGUGACCCGUCCGUGCCCUGCAGAGAGCAGGAGAUCCCCACCUUCGACGAGUGGACCAAGAUCAUGCUGGAGGUGGAGAACGAGAAGAGUCAGGUCACACACCUCUCUAACGGCCUUCCUGCUGCCGGGAAGAAGCUUCCGCAGACGUUCACCAACUACGCCUCCGUGGAGUGUGGAGCCAAGAUCCUGUCCUCCAACCCCGAGGCCAAGAGCACUUCAGCUAUUCUGAUGGAGAACAUGGACAUGUACAUGCUGAACCCCUGCAAUAACAAGAUCUGGUUCACCGUGGAGCUCUGUGAGCCCAUUCAGGUCAAGCAGCUGGACAUCGCCAACUUUGAGAUCUUCUCCUCAAACCCCAGAGACUUCCUGGUCUCCAUCAGUGACAGGUAUCCAAACAAAAAGUGGGUGAAGCUCGGGACGUUUCAUGCGCGAGAUGAGCGGAUGGUGCAGAGUUUUCCUCUGGAUGAGCAUCUGUUUGCCAAAUACAUCAAGAUAUUCACCAAAUACAUUAAGGUGGAGCUGCUGUCACAUUUCGGCUCGGAGCACUUCUGUCCUCUCAGUCUGAUCAGGGUUUUUGGCACUAGUAUGAUGGAGGAGUAUGAGAUGAACUCCGAGCCUUCAGACAGACAGACGCACGUUCAGGAUGAGCAUGAUUACGAUCAGCCUCCUGAUUUUGUGCCGGUCGAUGAGAAAUCCUCCAAAAACCUGAUUGGAUCUGCCAAAGAUGCUCUUCUCACUAUGGUCAACAACAUUGCUGCCAGUGUGCUGGGUGCGCCUCCAGAGAGCACCGCAGGAGCAGGAAGCUCCUCUACUGAAGGGUUAAACACGACAGAAGAGGUUUUCCCUGCUGGAUCGAUCCACACCGCUGCAUCCACCGGCUUCAGGAAGGACCUGCCGGUGACUGUGGCGGCGGAUCCGCUUGAUGUCGUCAGGGUCACAGAAACCGCCAGCAUUACUCAAGAGACGGCAGCGGUACACACCCCGACGCUCACUGACGCUGCUGGAGACGCUCCGGCACAAACUGCGCCUGACGUAGAGCAGAUAGUCACUCUGCUGCCCGACGCGGAGGACGAACCGGACCGGUCCUCUGGGAGAACUGAAACAGAUCAGCAGAAUGAAAACACUGCCUGCUCCCGUUCACACAGACUCUGUCUUCAGGAGCACCUUCUGCAGCGCUGCUCCUCUCCAGACUUCAUUCAGAAGAGCAAGCCGAACUCACGGUCUCACGCUGCUCCAGCCGUCAUGACCCCAUCUAUACCCAAAGGCACAGAGGAGCCGGACAGUCCAGUCAUUCACGCCCGAGUCCUGCCCGACCCAGAAGAUCUUGCACCCAGUCUGACUUCAGGUCUGCUCAGGCUUGUUUCUGCUGACUCUCCGUCCUCCAGAGUGACGCAGCCCAUUGAGCUGAUGUGUCCGUCUGCCUCCGAGUGCCUUACAGCCACAGCUCCUCAGCAGAGCAUUGAUGGUGUGCGUGAGUCCAGCGAGAAGCCUGUUCCUGAGACGCUCUCGGACGUCAUCACCACAUCUGCUGCACAGAGGAGAGAUCAGGUGUUGGUCUCAUCAGAGCAAGCCAGCCUUGAAAAUUGCAUUUCAACUCCUACUGUUUCCAUCAAUACAGCAGAUGGGUCUCCGCUUUCUUCCGUAUCCGCUCUUGUGGAUGAACCAGCGGUCACUGGUGCAGCCCUGACGCCGGAUUCAGACGGGUUCGCAGGGUCAGCAGAGUCCAAAAGCAAGGAACUGUUCGAUGAUGAAAGCAGCGCUCAUAUUGAGCAGAUCUACACGGAAACGCAGACCUCCAGCGACGCGCCUGCACACGGCUCCAAUCAGAAAGAGUCUGUGUUCAUGAGGCUCAACAAUCGCAUCAAAGUGCUGGAGAUGAACAUGUCCCUCAGCGGACGCUACCUGGAGCAGCUGAGCCAGAGAUACAGAAAGCAGAUGGAGGAGAUGCAGAAAGCCUUUAACAAAACCAUCAUCAAGCUUCAGAACACAUCCAGAAUGGCAGAGGAGCAGGAUCAGAGACAGACGGACUCCAUCCAGGCUCUGCAGGCUCAGCUGGAGAACAUGACGCAGCUCGUCCUCGGUCUGUCUGUCAGCGUGAGCCGACUGCAGCGAGAGGUGUCUGACAGACAGAGCUACAGCCUGCUGUGUCUGCUUCUCUGUGUUCUUCUGGGGCUGCUGAUCUGUGUGAACUACCGUCAGAUAUCAGAGAGUCCUGCCAUCGAUUCACAGAGAUCCUGCGGACUGGACAGAGAGCCGUCAGAUGAUGAACGCGUGCUGCUGAGACGCAGAGCCUCUGAUCCGCCGUCACUCUCGUCCCUCCAGACGCCUGACGGCGGUUCAGGAGAAACCUACAGCCUUAAGCAUUUGGAAGAUUGUCAAGUUAGUAGAAAAAAGAAACACAAAAUGAAGCUCAGCAAAGCUCCAGAGAUGCCGGCUGCUCCAUCGCUCGCUGACGGGAUUCCCCAGACCACCAUCGGUCCUCUGGGAUUGGAGACGGGCCCUCAUCCGGACGGCAGAGACGUGAUGUCCGACGGCAGCUCUGAGGGCUCCUCGCAGGCUGAUGAGACUCUGUUCUGUGGAAUCGCCACGUGUGCUCGUCUGUGUGAGGCGUUACCUGCUCCGAAACGCUGGACUCAGAGCAGAUCCCAGCAUCACCAGCAGCUCCCACAGUGCAGCGGCCCGCCGCCGGGGCUCGGACCCGCACACAACCGCCUCUGAGACGCUGAGAACUGAACUGAACCGAAACGACUGUGAGACGCUGUGAGAAGUGAACCGAAGUGACUCUGAGUUACACUGGAGAUGCUACACUGGGCGCUAAACCUGCACAGUUGGGAUUGUUUUUUCUUAAUUAUGUGCUACAAACCUUCAGACAAUCAUAAAUAAAACAUAAAUUAUCAAAGUGUU